CCAUCGUAAACAUGAUCAAUGCACAGAGGCCCCAGUGUGUGCAUGACUGGAAAGGAAGUGGCUCUGAAGUGACUCAACCGCACAGUGUUUCUGAGAGAUCGUGGCUGGGCAGUCCUACUUCACACCUAGACUGACUAACAGCGUUUAAAAACUCCUGCUCUCUGAUACUAAUUGGAAGUAAAAACUGCAAAUUGAAGCGACAUAUCAUACAUUAACAGUAAAUGAACGGACUUGCCCCAUCUGGAAGAAUGAGAUUCAUAGCAGUUGCUGUCAUACUUUGUGCUGGAUAUUUCUGUUCACCGGUCUUUGCCCAUCCUCGGGGAGAAUGGACAAAACUCAUCCUGACCCAACACUGGCCACAGACAUUUUGCAGUAUGGAACAUUGCAAAACAGAUUUGGGCAAUUGGACUCUGCAUGGAUUAUGGCCCAACACUGGCAUAAGGUGCAACACAUCCUGGCAUUUUAAUGCCAGUUUGAUUGAGGACAUUAUACCAGAAAUGGAGAGAGUCUGGCCAGAUCUGCUAGAACCUUCUUCCCCAAAAUUUUGGAAAUAUGAAUGGCAGAAACAUGGAACAUGUGCUGCACAAGCAGAGUCUCUGAACAGUGAGCAUAAAUACUUUAGCAAAGCUCUGGAGCUGUACCACAAGUUUGACCUUAAUAGUGUUUUAAGGAACAACAAAAUCGUGCCCUCUGAGAAGUACUACACACUUGAUGAUGUGGAGACAGUCCUUACCAAUUUCUACAAUGUGAAGCCAAAGAUUCAGUGUGUCCACCCAGGAAAGGGGGGCCAGGUUCAGAUUUUGGGCCAAAUAGAGAUCUGCGUUGACCGAGAUUUCCAGCUGAUGAAUUGUGAAAAGUCAACCGAAGAAAUCUGGAGCAAUGACAUGUCUGUCAGUGGCCAAUCAGCCCUCAGCGUGUGCGAUCAGUCCAUGCCAGUUUAUUACCCUCCAGUGCCAAGCAGAUCAUAGAGGUGGGCAACUUCAGACCUCUUCUGGGAGUGUGGAAUCACUGAGAAAGAGAGGACCAGAAUUCAUUUGAGAGUUCCUGUCUAGCAUUUGAAACACUGGAAAAUGAAAACCGCUGGAAAUGUUUUCUAUUUACACUAUCUUUUUAAGUAAUUGCACAUUAAAUUCCUUUAUUUUAAAUGAUAAUGCUGGAACAAUCGAGUGAAGAUUUAAGAGUGUCAGAUUCGCAGACUGCAUGCUGUAUUCCAUGGAUACUGGGUUCAUAUUUACAAUUUAUUGGUUUUACACAGUGUAUUUUGCUCAACUGUUGUCAUGUUUGUUUUUGGGUGAAUCUCACAAAAUUACAUCCAGAUCAAAUGAACCACAAAAUUUCAAGAAAAGAAAAAUUAGAAAUGAAGCAUGUAAUAGGAAUAUCAAGAUUUUUUAACUUUUUUUUUUAACAUUUUCAUAUUUUAAUUUUUGCAUCUGGAUGUUUUACUUUUCCAUUUUCUCCCAUUCACAUUAUUGUCAUUGAUUCCCAUUAUGAAAGUAGAUGAUGACCCUAAACUGCAUUUUUUGAAAAUCUACAUAAAUGACCAUCAACAAAUACUACCAUGUUGUAACCAUGUUAUUACUUGGCAAUAUAGAUGAUAUUACUGUUAUUUUCAAAAAUAAGAAUGAUAUUUUCAAAAAUAAGAAUGAUAUUUACCUAAAAGUAAGCCAAAUCUUCUGUAUUUUCUUAAGCAUAAUAUAAGUCUUUUCUUUAUUUUGAAAUAUGACCCAGUUGUGUUUUCGACAGGUUUUGUGUUAUUCACCACUUUUUUUUUUCUUUCUUUUUUUUUUACAGGUUACAAAAUAUUUUUAAAAAUGUUUUGUUGAAGAAGAACUUUUUGAAAUAUGCCCCAUGUGUUAGCUGUAAUAUUUUUCCCACUGUAUUUUUAAUCGGAUAAAUCUGAUAUUAGCUCUGCUUGGUAUUGAAAGAGUCCUUUUAGCCCUUAAUUUGCAAUGUUAAUGUGUAAAAUUUGUGGUAGUUUAGAGCUUUGGGCCUAAUGGCAGCAUGCAGUUGCAGAUAAUGCACAUUUAAGCUCCCGCCACUGGAGGGCAGCACAUGCAUUCUGG